CGGUGCGGUCGGGGUGCGGCCGGGACGGGAGCCAUGCGGGGCGCGGGGCCGCCGUGGCCGCUGCUCCUCCUCCUCCUCCUCCUCCUCCUCGGGCCCGCGCUGCCGGCCCGGGCCGCGGCCCCCGCGCCGCCGCGGCUCAACGUGAGCCUGGACGCGGCCCCCGGGGCGCGCUGGCUGCCGGUGCUGCGGGCCUUCGACCCGGCCCUGCUGCGCUCCGCCGUGCUGCAGAUCAUCCGGGCCCGGGUUCCGGACUGGGUGCUGGCGCUGCUGGGCUCGGCGUCCGCGGAGCUGCCGCGCCUGCUACCCGGGCCGUACGCGGAGGAGAUCCGCGGCGUCUGCGACUUCCUGCACCUGCGCCUGGCCGACGGCCUGCUGGUCAACCUGGCCUACGAGUCCUCCGCGUUCUGCACCAGCAUCGUGGCCCAGGACUCCGCAGGCCGCAUCUACCACGGGCGGAACCUGGACUAUUCCUUCGGGGACAUCCUGCGCCAGCUGACCGUCGAUGUGCAGUUCUUGAAAAAUGGCCAGGUCGCGUUCACGGGGACCACGUUCGUGGGCUACGUGGGGCUGUGGACCGGGCAGAGUCCAUACAAGUUCACGGUCUCUGGCGACGAGCGAGAUAAAGGCUGGUGGUGGGAGAACGCGGUGGCGGCGCUGCUCCGGGGCCACUCUCCGAUCAGCUGGCUUCUCCGCACGACGCUGAGCGAGGCGGAAAGCUUCGAGGCAGCCGUGUUCAGACUGGCCAAGACCCCCCUCAUCGCCGACGUUUACUUCAUCGUGGGGGGCACGGCCCCCCGGGAGGGGGUGGUCAUCACCAGGAACAGAGGGGGCCCGGCAGACAUUUGGCCGCUGGAUCCUCUGAACGGGGCGUGGUUCCGAGUGGAGACAAAUUACGACCACUGGAAGCCCGCGCCCAAGCGAGAUGACCGCAGAACUCCUGCCAUCAAAGCCCUGAAUGCCACGGGGCAGGCGCACCUCAGCCUGGAGGCGCUUUUCCAGGUUUUGUCGGUGGUUCCGGUGUAUAACAACUACACCAUUUACACGACUGUAAUGAGCGCCACCAGCCCAGACAAGUACACGACGAGGGUCAGACACCUGAGCUGAGGUCAGUGUUUAAAGAAUGAAACACCUGAAGAGAGUGAGACACCUGUCAUCCUAACUAUUCAGGAAGCUGAGAUCUGAAGAUGGUGGUUCCAAGCCAGCCCAGGCAGACAAACCCAGAGACUCUUAUCUCCAAUUAAACAUCAAAAAGCCGGAAGUGGAGGGGGGACUCAAGUGGUUGUGCUCCAACUUUGAGUGAAAAAAAGCUAAGAAACAGCACCUAGGCCCUGAGUUCAAGCUCUGCUAUCAGCACAUACAAGCAAAAGAAACCCUUGUAGAGGUGUACUUUUCAUUUUUUGGAGACCUGUACUUGAAUAAAGAACACAAGGUGGGA